CACUUUUCUUUAGGUUUCAUUACAAUGACGCCGCAGCUAUUCAUCAACUACAAAAUGAAGUCUGUGGCCCACCUCCCAUGGAGGAUGCUCACCUACAAGGCUCUUAAUACCUUUAUUGAUGACCUGUUUGCCUUCGUCAUCAAGAUGCCCAUGAUGUACAGGAUAGGAUGCCUCAGAGAUGAUGUGGUGUUCUUCAUCUACCUUUACCAGCGCUGGAUCUAUCGGGUAGAUCCCAACAGGGUCAACGAGUUUGGCACCAGUGGAGUAGACCAGAACAAGACAGCGGCAGCAGACGGUGCUCCUGCAGUAGAGGGUGCUCCUGCAGCAGACGGUGCUCCUGCAGCAGACGGUGCUCCUGCAGCAGACGAUGAACCUGAAGUAAACGAUGAUCCCGCAGGUGAUGCUCCUGCAGCGGCUGCCCUCACAGACAAACCAGAGGGGGAGAAGAAGAACGAUUAAGCAAGACCACGCCCUCACUGCCGGGGCAAAGAGGACUUGUGAAAACAAGGCAGGGAGGGGCGUCAUUGUUUAGCUGUCAUGGACACCGCUACAAAAAAAGAUGCAGUUCAACUGUUCCCUCUGAUUUCUGUGUGGAUCCACAGAGAAUCAUAUUCAGUGUAGACUUGGUAAAUUCUUAUUUCUGUUUCCUGCCCAUUCCUGCCCUCUCGUUUUGCGGUUCAAGUGAAGUAAAACAAAACGUGUUGUACUGUAUUCUGUUUGAUUUCUCAGAGGGUAACGGUGUCUUGGAGUAGAGGUUGGGAGGGGAACGGGUCGCAGUUAUACUAUACCUUUCUUUUUUAUACAGGGAAGAAAGAGGCCAAGUGCAACUUUUGUUAUUUGUGUCGAUUCCUUGUGAACUUUUCUUUUCAUUCCAUGUGAGCACCGUGUUUCCGAUCGCCUGGAAAACGGUGAGUAGUGCGGGAGGAAAACUGGAAAGGUCCUGAGCCAUGGUGGGGGAUGAAAAUGGGAGGUGACUGGAGACGAGACGGACGACCCUAUAGAACACUACCCACAAGAAAGUGACUACUAUCCUCAAUUUUAAACAAAUGGUUAAUGUUCUUUACUUGAACACAAAAAAUAACAGCCUUGUUGGUAUUAAUAUAAAUAUAUUAAUAUUGUCAAUGACUUAAUUUUUGUUUUUCGGUCACUUAAGCAUUUUUUUGUAUGUCCUCAAACUGUACAGAAUUUCAGCUUGUCAUGUUAAUAAUACAGAUGUCAAAACUGUCUAGCAAUACCUAAUUUGCGAGUUUAAUUUUUAAUUUUCCCCCUCGGCUGGAUGCUUGAUUUUCAAAUGUUUCACGCUCCGAGCCAAAUCACCUGAACGGUGGAGACAGUCAGGUGUGUGCUGGAACAGUUACAGUGUCUCUUGUUGUUGAGUUCUGUAAAAUCCUGAAACAGAGGGUUUGAUGUUGGUACAUAUUAAAUUUUGAGCAUUCAUGUUUAUAGUAAAACUUAAGUGUGAUUUAAAAUGUC